AUGUCAAACCACGUGCUUGUACAGCUGACCAAAAUGAACCAAAGACCCGUUUGGUGGAUCAUUCUGGGACGUAACGGAGAUUAUUAUUCUAACCUUUCAACACUUCCAUCUGGGCUUCUCUCCUUUGUCAGUUCGUUGAGAGCAGCAGCCAUUGUGUUGAGUCUGCUAUUGUUGGUGCAAUUGUCUAGAGGAGUUACCUCUGGGUUGUUGAUACACUCGAAGCCUUGUGGAAAUUAUCAUCUCAGCUAUUCAAGUGGUCCUGGUCAUGAAUUGUUAUACAUAAAUGGGAAAUUGGUAAACAAGGAUUUGUUCUGCAAGGCCCUCAAAUUGUUCCAUGCAAAUCAUUGCUUCAAUAUAGGAGACCUCAGAAAUAAAUACUGCCGAUCAGAUCAUUCAUUAGAUGAGUUACGCCUGGUGGCAGGAAGAAAGUUUUUGUGGGAGGCGGGUAGAGAAGAAUUUACAGGACAAAAUUUUGGUCAGAAAAGCCAGGCGAAUAAAGAAAAAGAUACUCACAAAUCUCUCUUGACCACAAAUAGGUUGGCCAUGGCAGUCCCAGGAGUUUUCAUUCUGUGUUGCAGUUUACUUUGCCCCUGCUUUCGGGCAAGGAGGAGAGAUACUUCCCAUGUUGUUCUUGUGAAGGAACAAAGUUCAAUGGAUUCCGUUUCGUCUUUGGAAAUGAAUUCGGUUGCUGAAAAGAUUCCAGCAAGUCCAACGCGAGUGCCACCUAGUCCUUCUAGAUUUUCCAUUUCGCCAAAGCUUAAUAGAGUUGGAUCAGUUCAUCUCAAUAUGAAUCAGGUUGCUAGAGCUACUCACAAUUUCUCAGCAACAUCUAAGUUAGGUGAAGGAGGGUUUGGAACUGUCUACAAGGCUCAGCUACCAGAUGGCCAGGUAGUUGCCAUAAAACGAGCAAAGAAGGAAUACUCCGAAACUCUAGCAACUGAAUUCAGAAGUGAAGUUGAACUCCUGGCAAAAAUUGAACAUCGAAAUCUAGUGAAGCUACUUGGCUAUGUCGAUAAAGGAAGUGAGCGUAUUCUCAUCACGGAGUAUGUGCCGAAUGGGACUCUUAGAGAACAUCUUGAUGGUAAUGUUUUCAAACUCUAA